CAAUGAGCUUCUAAGUAAUUAUUUAGAGUUUUAUCUGAUAGACAACUGAUUCUAAGAAAGAAGAAUUCAGAAAAUAUUUAGAAAAGGCUGGUGUUAUAGAUCAAUUAACUCGAGUUCUAGUUGGAUUAUAUGAAGAACCAGAAAAGCCAAAUAAUGCUAUUGAGUAUUUAUUCAAUUGAUUUUUUAGUUAUGUUAAAAAGUAUUUAGGAUCACCUGUAGAUAUAGAUGUUGACAAACUCAAAUUAGAAUAUGAAAAACUUAAAGAUGAAAAUAUUAGAUUGAAGAGGGAAAUAGCUGAUUUAAAAAAAGAAGUACAUUAUUCUAUAUAUUAAAGUUAUAAGCAGCAUAAUAAGAAUAGAAUUGA